UGCAUAUUAGUGCCCUGAAGACGCAUUGCAAAACCAACGUACAAAUUAUCCCUUCAACAUUCCCACCCCAAAUCCAAAAUAUCAAAGAACCUGUGACGUAAUUCGCGUGCGUUAUAGUUCCUGAAGAAAGUGCGCGGAAAGACCCCCAGAGGAAUGCAGUCCCAGUUAUAUUGAAUAAAUAAGGGCAAAAAUUCCGUUCAUUACCAAUAAAACUGUCACAUCUGGUGGCCAAGACAUGCGUGACGAGAGUCUCGUAAUAGACACUGGAAAAAUACCGUCCGAUUCUUUCCCAUUUCUGCAGAAAUGUCGCCAUCAAUUUCCCCUUAGAGACCGCUAUUUUUACGUCUAGAAAUUGUCUUAAUAAAGUGGAAAGUGAUCAGUGCAAUGGCUUUUUGGGAGGUUGGAGUGAAAUGCCGAUGUGAUUUAACAUCUUGAGUGAAUCUGAUGAAAAUAAUUGACGUACAUUGUUGGAAAAUUACAUUUGAAAUUUAAAAUUUAAUUUUUUAUGACAAAGUGACAUGGAAUGUUGGGGAAUUCUACAGAGACGCAGUUGAUUUUUUGAAUAUUCUGCCCGAGGCUGGCAUCAGAUCCUCGUGAAUAAUCGAGUUGUGAAGUUGGUGAUGGAUCUGUCAAGAGGGACAUUAAAAUUGAAUUAAAACAGUGGAAAAUUGCGGGAAAGGAUUGAUGGAAAAAUAGGAUAAUCAAAUUGUGAGGUUUUAAUUGCUCAGAACUGUCUAGCAGUGGAAUUGAAACUUCCGGUGAGAUGGGGCUAUCCUGGACGCUUCAGCAGCGCGACCUCGUCCUCGUCCUUGUCCUGGUAAUGACUGCAACCGGAGAGCCAAUGACCGGAGCCGUAUGCCAUCGUAUGGAAAACUACACAACGACAGUGACAGAAUCAUACCAAGAGCCGGUGCAGGUGCAGACGUCGUUCUGGUGUUUGGCGAUUCCCCCAAGAUGUUCUCGGUCCCAAACCGAAUGGAGGAUCCGUCACAGAACCAAAGAAGAGGUGAGGCAGAGGAAUGUGACGGAGUGUUGCGAUGGCUAUGCAUUACAGAAAUCGGUGGUCAAUGGAUCUCAUGUUCAUAAGUGUGUUGCCACUUCGGAUUGCAAGCCGGGAUUCAUUGGGAAAAAUUGUGACAUUGAGUGUCCAGAGGGUUCCUGGGGUAUCCUAUGUAUGCAUUCAUGUAGAUGUGGAGCAAACAGGACCUGUAAUAGGACCACUGGCCACUGUGAUUGUCCAGAAGGAUGGAGAGGUUCAGAUUGUACAGAUCCCUGUGAGGUGGGAAAAUAUGGUCCGAAAUGUUCAAUGGAUUGCCCCUGCGGGCAUUUGAACGGAAACUGUCAUCAUGUGACAGGAAACUGUCUUGAUUUAGUAUCGAUCACGUCAGGGAUGAGCAAUUGGACGGAUUCUAGGCUUGAGGCGUCCACUUUGCCAUCAUCACCUACAUCAGCUAUCGACGGUACCACGUCGACGAUGAAACACCCUCAAGCCAUCGGCGAUGAUUUUCCUGGCGCAACAACAAUAAAACAUCAUAACAGUGGAACGAGCAACAGCCGCAACGAAAUUGCCCUGGAUUCCACGGUUGAGACAACGAUAAUUACUGAAUACCAUGAGGUGCAUUUACCAGAGACAGAGGAGUCUACAGUAAGACCAAUUGUUGCUGUUGUACGUGUUGGUAAAGCUACUUCGAGUAGAGAACAAAUACUUGUUACGCCGAACAUUAGUCCAGAUCACAUAUCACGUCACACCGUUCCCCUGACUCUGGAUGUUGCUGUUGCAGUAGUGAUCGGUUCGAUAAUAUCUCUGGGCUUAACAACCCUUGCUGUACUGGCAAUACUUCACGUACGUACAAAACUCUUCGAGACCAUUCGUCUCUCAAUUUACGACACCGAAAAGCCAGACCCAAGAUCAGCGACACUACCUCGUGAAAAAGGAAAUCCCGGAAUCUCAACCAUAAAUCGCACUGCAACACUGACUCCAUGUGACUACGAGACACCGAGAUGUAUUGUUCCACAAGGAUCGAGAACACUGCCCAGACCAAAUAGUGUGGUGACCAGAGAAUCUACUUAUUCAAAUCAAUACCCGAAUAUACAACUUUUUAACAGCCUGAGAGAACUCAUGGAAGCACAUUACGAUCGUCCACCAGCAAUUAACACCUUUCGACAAGCACCAAGUGAUGAGGCCGAACAUCUUUACGACGAGAUUCCGCUGCAGUCUAUCAAUUUUGAAAGCAACAACCAUGACUUGUUGAAGUGAACUACACCAAGGCCAUCAUCAUUCAUGCCAACAAUCGUCUGAAUUAAUUCAAUACAUGGUGAACUGAAGUUUGACAAUUAUCUUGUUAAAAUCUCAAGAACUUGCGAAUUCUUCAAAUUAUCACAGGAAAAAUCGAUUUUCCUCAUCUCUCUUUAUCACUCAGAUUUCAAUUGAAUUAUUUUUACUCUUACGGAGUGAUUUUUGUACGAUAAUUAAUAAUAAA